AUGGUGUUGGCUCUUAUUAUAGCAAUACCCCUUCUGGUUCAAACUUCGAAGACGUCGGCUCAUUAUGAAAUGAUGGGCACAUGCCGAAUGAUCUGUGAUCCAUACAACCCGAAGCCCAGCGCUACCGCCAUGGAAGUUAUGCAGGACCUUAGUGCCAUCCCGCCUCCAUCGUUUGUUCAAGGGACUAGAGGGGAACCGGGAAGACCGGGAAAACCUGGACCGAGAGGUCCGCCGGGUGAACCAGGUCCUCCUGGUCCAAAAGGACCACCGGGAGAUAAGGGAGAGUCCGGGAAGCCUGGUUUUCCCGGGCUGACCUCGGGGACAGCGAGGACCGAAACUGGAGACGUUAGCGCGGUGUUGGGCGGCACAAAGAUCGCUUUUUAUGUUGGUCUCAAGAACCCCCAUGAAGGAUACGAAGUUCUAAAGUUCGACGACGUGGUGACGAACCUGGGGAACCAUUACGACCCGUCAACCGGCAAGUUCACGUGUCAAGUGUCCGGAAUCUAUUUCUUUACCUACCAUGUGCUAAUGAGAGGGGGUGACGGUACGAGCAUGUGGGCAGAUCUCUGUAAAAACGGACAGGUCCGUGCAAGCGCCAUUGCCCAGGACGCUGACCAGAACUACGAUUAUGCCAGCAACAGCGUGGUCCUUCACCUGGACUCUGGCGACGAAAUAUACGUCAAACUGGACGGCGGAAAAGCUCACGGGGGCAACAACAACAAGUACAGCACAUUUUCUGGUUUUAUUUUGUACCCCGACUAAACGGACACACGCAGAUAUUCCUGGCUCUACCAAUUAAAACAGCGGUCCCCGAACAGGCAUACUGCUAAGAUGCGUUAUGUCCAUUUUUGUUUUGUGGAGAAGGGACAAACACCGGGUUUUCUUUCCCAUUGAAUAACCAUUACAAAGAAGACAUAGCCGUUUGAGGUCAUUUUGUUUGAAUGUGAUCAUGUUUGCUUGGCUAGUCUGUGAUGUAUUUAAUACGUAUAUAAUAUAUAUGAAUAAAUAUGUGUAUCGAAGAGGAAUAUAAAAAUAAGUUAAAGUAAGAAGAUAAAUGACAAAAAAACCUAUGUUUAAUGUUCUUCCACAUAGUAAAAUGCUCAGUGUUAAUUAAAAUAGCUAUAAAGGAAUUUAAAUAAAGCCAAUAGGGAUCACGUGUACGUGUCAGAAUAAAUGUUGGCUUCUCAAAGUUAAUUUAACACUGAUCCUUUUACUCUACACGGUCCAAAUGUUAACUAAGCGAUAUGUCAUUUAUGUUCUUUUAUUCCAUUACACGAUGUCCAUAACAAAUAAGUAUUUCAAUAAAUAUUAUGUUUUUUAAUAAA